AUGCCUGAGCAGCGGCAACAAAGAGAGGAGGGGGAGCAAGGAGGUUCCCUCGUCAGGUCUCUGAUCCAGGGUGUCACUAUCUUUUUCGUAACCCAAUUCUUCAUCGGUCAGUUCUUUGGAAACAAGCAGAAUGCUGGAUCUGGUGGGAAACCUGGCGCUGUGACUACCUUUAACGAACGUCCUCCCCGAGCCGAAGUUGAGACCUACAGCUCCGUUCCCGACACCAUCUCCCCGAUUUGGCCUUCGGACAGCGCGUUAGAUAUCAGCGUCUACGUUUCUCCGUCAAUCGUGCUUCCUUCGCUCAAGUCUCUACCCUCGAGUUCUCUUGUCUUGGAGGAGAAGAAAUUUGGUCUUGGAAACUUCAGUGAUGUUAGGGACGUGGAGACCACCAUCCAGGUUCCCAAAGAGGUCCAGAAUAAUGGAACCCUUUGGGCUCACUUCUUCGUGGGACUGAGCGGACACGAGUUGGAUCCCACGGCUAAGGACUACAGCACUGACAAGGCUGUCCACUUUUUGCGACCUCUCAAUCAGUAUCUUCCAAAGAAAAAGGCCAAGAAGCUUAAGAAUCUACUUGCGAGUGGGGAUGAAACCGAUGAGGAGGAAGAUGAUGGUAUUCCCGACGUUUCAAUCGCGUCUUACUACCACCCGAACUUCACUCUCUCUGUGAUCCCCGAUUCCGCAAACAUGAAGUACCGUCAAAUCCAUCCUGCUAUUCGUCGUCACACGCAACUCGAGGCAACUGGCGCGAGAGAUGCCUCGGGUCAGAAUGGUUGGUACUACCCAAUUGUCUUUCUGAACACUUUCUGGCAGUUGAGAAGCCAUAUGGUGGAGCUUAACUCGACCGUUGAGACCAUCCCGCUCCGGUUUACACUAAACAACCUCCAGAACUGGAAGUUCGCGAUGAUGGCUAGUCUCGACGACAACGCGAAACAGACUACUAAGCAAGCCGCAUUUGGAGGCUCUACUCCUGGUGGCGGCGAUGGGAGCGAAUUCGAGAUGAUCAAGGAGGUGCUCCUGGAUACUAAUAUCUGGUUGCUGGGUACAACCGGUGUGGUUACGAUCCUGCACAUGCUGUUUGAAACACUCGCAUUCAAGAAUGAUAUUUCUCAUUGGCGCAAGAAGAAAGACAAUGUCGGAACGUCAGUUCGCACUAUUCUCGCCAAUGUGUUUAUGCAGGCGGUCAUCUUCCUGUAUCUCAUGGACAACAGUGAGAACACUUCCUGGAUGAUUCUUGCCAGCCAAGGUUUUGGAAUCCUUUUGGAAGCUUGGAAGGUCACGAAGACGGUCAAUGUCCGUCUGCGCCCGCCUCCAGCCGGGUCCUUCUUCUCGUUCCUGCCCUACGUUAUUGUGUUUGAGGACAAGCAUAAACUCUCUGAAACCGAGAAAAAGACUCAGGAGUACGAUGAGAUUGCGUUCCGCUACCUCUACAUCAUUGCCGUGCCUCUUCUCGGAGCCUACGCUGCGUACAGCUUGAUGUACAACACGCACAAGUCAUGGUACUCAUAUAUCAUUGAGACUCUUGUCGGCAGUGUCUAUGCCUACGGCUUCCUGAUGAUGGUUCCUAGCUUGUAUAUCAACUACCGUCUAAAGUCCGUUGCUCAUAUGCCCGGCAAGGCCAUGACCUACAAGUUCCUCAACACCUUUAUCGAUGAUCUAUUUGCGUUCACCGUGAAGAUGCCCUGGCUCCACCGACUAGCGACUUUGCGUGACGAUGUGAUUUUCUUCAUCUGGCUCUACCAGAGUUACAAGUACAAGGUGGACUACACGCGUGUGAACGAGUUCGGCCAGGGAGGUGAGAGUGAUGACGAAGAAGAGUCAAAGCCCGAGGAAGUGAAGAAAGUCGAGGACAAGAAAGAAGCCUCCCAGGCGUCUGGAAAGCAGACUUCGCAAGCCUCUGCCCGCAAGAGGAAGUGA